AUGCUCACCCGCACGCGGAGGGCGGCCGCUCGCGUCAUCAGGCGCCGCCGCUACGUCCUCGUCAGGGCCGCGCGCGCCCGCCUCGGCGCCGGCCACAAGCGCAAGCGCGACCGUGCCGACGACGGCGACCGACCCGACAACAGGAAGUGCGCUCGCACCCGGCGCUUCCUUCGCCCUGAAUUCGACAUCUGGAUCAAGACGCUCAGGAAGGGUCCGCGCAAGCGCGCGCGCCACCAACACGACGACGGCGACGACGAACGCCAACACGAACGCGGACACGACCCCACCAAAAGGGCUCGCAUCGAGCCCACCACCGUCACCAAGACCGACGAGACCACCGUCACCAAGACCGAAGAGCCCACCGCCACCAGGACCGAAGAGCCCACCGCCGUCACCGAGACCGACAAGGUUCUGGACGCCUCGAGCAGCGCGUCCACCGCCAUCAUCGAGGCCGCCGAGCCCACCGCCGUCACCAAGACCGCCGAGACCACCGCCGUCACCGAGACCGCCGAACCCACCGCCGUCACCAAGACCGACGAGACCGCCGCCAUCAUCGAGGCCGGCGAGCCCACCGCCGUCACCGAGACCGACGAGACCGCCGCCAUCAUCGAGACCGCCGAGUCCACCGCCGUCACCAAGACCGACGAGGCCCUCGACGCCUCCAGCAGCGCGCCCAAGUCUCUGCCCAAGCGCCUGCGUCACCAAGACGAGGACGAGGACGAGGACGAGGACGAACACGAACACGGACAAGACCCCACCAAAAGGGUUCGCUUCGAGCCCACCGUCGCCGAGACCGACAAGAUCACCGCCAUCAUCGAGACCGGCGAGACUACCGCCGUCACCGAGACCAGCGAGCCCACCCUCGCGCCCAUCAGGAACGAGCCGGGCGCCACCACGGACGUCGACGACGUCGACAGCGAGUACAACGACACCAAGCAGGACGCCACUGCAGGCCUCGACGACGACGACCACAGCGACUCCUCUCACCUUGAAGACGAGGACGAGAGCGACAGCGACUCGAGCGGACAAGACGCCGAAGACGAUGAAGACGAUGAAGACGACAGCGACUCAAGCGCGGAAGACGAGCACGCCGCCGACGACGACGACGUCCCCGCUACCGACGACGACGCCCCCGCUACCGACGACGAAGCCGAUCAGGACCAGGACGCCGCGCAGGCCUACAAGGAGGUUGCUUCGGGCGAUGACGAGGACCAGCCCGCUCGCCGUUCGACCCGCAAGAUCAUCGUCACCUGCCGGUCUUCGGCCACCAGCGGCGAGGACGAAGGCGCCCAUGCUCCUGCAGCCACGCUCGACCCGCGCUCCCCUCUGCGCCACCAGGCCAAGGCGGCUUCGAAGGCUGACCUCGACGAUGAUUCGGAAGGCGGCGUCAAGGCCAACUCGGACGCCGACCUGAGCGACGACUCGGAGGCCGCCUCGGACGCCGACUCGGACGCCGACUCGGACGACGACUCGGAGACCGCCUCGGACGCCGACUCGGACGACGACUCGGAGGCCGCCUCGGACACCGACCCGGAGGCCGCCUCGGUCGGCGUCCCGGAGGCCGUCUCGGAGUCCGUCUCGGACGUCGACUCGGACGACGACUCGGAGGCCGACUCGGACGACGACUCGGAGGCCGUCUCGGAGGCCGUCUCGGACGUCGACUCGGACGACGACUCGGACGUCGACUCGGACGCCGACUCGGAGGCCGCCUCGGAGACCGCCUCGGACUCUGACUCGGACGCUGGCUCGGAAGACGGCUCGGAAGCCGGCACGGUCGCCGACAAGGAAGUCGAUUCGGACAAGGGCAAAUACCAGGACGCGCGCCGCAACGACGACCAGGACGGCAGCGACGACGCCAGCAAGAGCAGCGGCGAGAGCGUGAGCAGCGACAACCAGGACGGCAGCGAUGACGCCAGCAAGAGCAGCGGCGAGAGCGUGAGCAGCAGCCCGCCUCGCCGCCCCAAACUCAUCGUCCACCACGCGCGCCGCAACGACGACCGGGACGGCAGCGACGACGCCAGCAAGAGCAGCGGCAAGAGCGUGAGCAGCAGCCCGCCUCGCCGCCCCAAACUCAUUGUCAACUUCCGCCGCCCCCCGAAAGUCUGCGACGACGACGACGUCAUCCACUCGAAAGCAGCCACACCCGAUCCUCGCUCCUCUUCGCGACGCGAGCGUGCCGCCAAGCUCGCCAACGACUUGGCCGCUGCUGAGCAGAUCAUCGCCGCCGCCGCCGCCGCCGCCGCCAUUGAGAACGAUGCUGGCUCAAACCAGGUCCCAGCCCUGGCGUUGGACUCGGACUCGGACGAGGAACAGGACCGCCGCGACCGCAGCCGCCGCCACCAGCGCGAGCGCAACAACGUCCAGGCUCUCGCCGUCGACGAUGACGACGACGACGACGACGACAAGAACGGCAACACUCCGACUCUCGCCGCUGACGACGACAAGGACGACCGCCGUCGCCGCGAGAGCAAGCGCGACCGCAAGCAGGCCCCGGCCCUGGCCCUCGACGACGACGACGAGGAGGAGGAGAAGAGCGACCGCCGCCGCCGCCGCGAGCGCGAACGCGACCGCAAGCAGGCCCCGGCCCUGGCCCUCGACGACGACGACGACGAGGACAAGAACGACAGCCGCCGCCGCUGCGUCGAACGCGACCAGGUCAUGGCUCUUACCGUGGCAGACGACUCCGACGACGAGAGCGAGCGUUCCCGCCGCCGCCGCCGCCGUCGCGAUCGCAAACGCGAACGCGAACGCAACCAGGCACUCUUCGAGAGCGGUGACGAGAAGGCCACUCCGGAAGAAGAGCUCUACGCGAUGCGCCCGGCCAAGCGCCAGCCCGGGAGCCCCGACAGCGACGACACCUCAACGCCGUCCACUUCGUCGCUGGAAGACCUGCUCACCGAAGGACCGGAGGCCGAGGACUCGGACGACGAGAUUCCGAUCCCCGAGGAGCCAAUGCCCCUCGCCGAUGACGACGUGGUGAUGGUCGACGCCGACGACGAGAUGGACGCAAAUGCCGCGAUCGACGACGAUAUCAACAGCACCGCCAGCCAAGGCGCGGUCGACAACGAAGACAAGGCAAACUACCCCUGCAUCGUAGACGAGGUCGAUGACGCCAACAGUCAGGUCUCGGUCGACAGCAACAGCGACCGUCCUCAGACCGCCAACGCGGGUGACGUCAACGAGGACGGGGAAGGCAUCGAUGAGGGCAAGAACGAGGACAGCCUCGACGAGAGCAAGAACGACGAAGCCAUCGACGAGGGCAAGAGCGAGGAAGCCAUCGACGAGGGCAAGAGCGAGGAAGCCAUCGACGAGAGCAAGAACCAGGAAGCCAUCGACGAGGGCAAGAACGAGGAAGGCCUCGACGAGAGCGAGGAAGAGGAAGAUCUCGACGAGAGCGAAGACGAGGAAGAGGUCGACGAGAGCGACGACGAGGAAGACGUCGACGAGAGCGAAGACGAGGAAGACGUCGACGAGAGCGAAGACGAGGAAGACGUCGACGAGAGCGAAGACGAGAGCGAAGAAGAGGAAGACGUCGACGACGAGGACAGCCCCGCGCCCGCCUGCGAAACCGAAGACGAGGUCAUCAACGACAAGCACAACCGCAAGCCCACCUGCGCCGGCGAGAUCGACAACGACGAAGACGACUUCGAGGGCGACAACCACCGCAAUCGGGCUGCAAUCGCAAGCGACGAUGACGGCGGCGGCAGCAGCAGCCAGAACGUCAGUCGAAGCGAGGGCGACAGCGAAGACAGCCGCAAGCCCACCUGCGAAGGCGAGAUCGACCACGACGAAGACGACUUCGAGGGCGACAACCACCGCAAUCGGGCUGCAAUCGCAAGCGACGAUGACGGCGGCGGCAGCAGCAGCCAGAACGUCAGUCGAAGCGAGGUUGACGGCCAGGACAGCCGCAAGCCCACCUGCGAAGGCGAGAUCGACAAUCGCAAGCCCACCUGCGAAGGCAAGGUCGACGACGACGACGACCACAACCACAACCGCAAGCCCACCCGCGAAGGCGAGAUCGACAACGACAGAGGCGACUUCGGCGGCGACGAACACAAGCGGGCUGCAAUCGCGAGCGACGAUGACGGCGGCGGCGGCGGCAGCAGCCAGAAUGGCAGUCGGAGCGAGCUUGAGGACGAGGACAGCUGCAAGCCCACAUGCGAAGGCGAGGUCGACGACGACGGCAAUCGCAACCACAACCGCAAGACCGCCUGCGAAGGCGAGACCGCCAACGACGAAGACGAAGACGACUUCGACGGCGACAACCCACGCAAUCGGGCUUCAACCGUGGGUGACGACGGCGGAGGCAGCAGCAGCAGCAGCAGCAGCAGCAGCAGCAGCAGCAGCAAGACCUUCAGCCGAAGCGAGGUUGACGACGAGGACAGCCGCCAGCCCACCCACGAAGGCGAGAUCGACGACGACGACGAUGCCAACCGCAAGCGGGCUGCAAUCGUGGGCGACGACGGCGGAGGCAGCAGCAGCAGCAGCAGCAGCAGCAGCAGCAGCAAGACCUUCAGCCGAAGCGAAGUUGACGAGGACAGCCGCGACAGCCGCAAGCCCUCCUGCGAAGGCGAGAUAGACGACGACGACGACAACAACAACACCAACAACCGCAAGCGGGCUGUAAUACUGGGCGACGACGGCGGAGGCAGUAGGAGCAGCAAUACCGUCAGCCGAAGCGAGGUCGACGAGGCCAGCCGCAAGCCCACCCACGAAGGCGAGAUCGACGAGGCCAGCCGCAAGCCCACCCGCGAAGGCGAGAUCGACGAGGCCAGCCGCAAGCCCACCCACGAAGGCGAGAUCGACGACGACAACCCCAAGCGGGCUGCAAUAGUGGGCGACGACGGCGGAGGCAGCAGCAACAGCAAUACCGUCAGCCGAAGCGAGGUUGACGAGCCCAGCCGCAAGCCCACCAGUGAAGGCGAGAUCGACGACGACGACGACGACGGCGGAGGCACUAGGAGCAGCAAUAUCGUCAGCCGAAGCGAGGACAGCCGCCAGCCCACCCGUGAAGGCGAGAUCGACGACGACGACGACGACGAAGACAACCGCUAA